CAGGCUUACCCUUUUACAUUGCCUUAAAGCCCAUUAUCACAUUCACAAACUCUCUCUCUCUCUCUCUACCAAUUUCUGUGGCGGCUCUCUCUCUACUUCUUCUUCUCUUCUCAGAUUGAGAUUUGGAUCCAUCUUUCAUUUCUGCUUGUUGUUUGGUUUUGAUCUCUUUCUUCUUCUUAACCCGAUCUCUUUUGGGUUGGGUUGGGUUCGACUUUGUACAAACGUCAUGGUUGCCCAACAGCCGCAACUUCAGAUUCAGACUCAGCAACCUACACCUUCUCCUCAAGAUGAAGCCUUGAAGAGAAACACCGAUUGUGUCUACUUUCUUGCAUCUCCCUUGACAUGCAAAAAGGGAAAUGAAUGUGAGUACCGCCAUAGUGAGUAUGCUCGGGUCAAUCCGAGAGAUUGCUGGUAUUGGUUGAAUGGUAACUGCUUGAAUCCCAAGUGUUCAUUCCGGCAUCCGCCUCUUGAUGGAUUGUUAGGAACACCACCGGCAGCCUCUGCUUCUGGACCUUCUGUACCCUCGACACAGCUUGCAACAACAUCUGCAACACAUGCUGCACCUUAUAAUUCUAGUAAACCAGCUGUCCCUUGCAUUUUCUUCCAAAAGGGGUUUUGCUUAAAAGGUGACAGAUGUGCCUUCUCGCAUGGACCAAAUUCUAACAAUGGCAAUAAAAUAGCUAGUCAGGGCUCGAUGAUCAACCAAGGAGCUGAGAAUCCAAGUUUUAAGAAACCUUUUGGCGGCAUUGAAAAACAUACACAGGAAAAGAAAACUUUCCAAGGAAAUGUGGCAACUUUUGGAGGUGCUGAAGCUAAACCUGUCAAAAAAUUUGAAACUGCUCCACAGAAAAAUAUUUUUAAAUUGGAGAAGCAUGUGCCGCCACCAACUGCAGGAUUUGGUAAUGAGGCUUUGAGAUUUAAGACAGCUAGCUCUCCACCACCGGCCAAUGGGCCUAAUGUAGCCAGGGCUAAUCGUGUGCUUCAAGCUCGUUUACCGGAUGAUCACAGUUUCCAUAGUGGUAAGGACAGCGACGAGUUUCUCAGAGAGUCGUCUCCUGGGUUUGAUGUUCUUGUAGCUGACGAACUUAGGAAUUCUGAUUACUAUCAUGGGGAAGAUGAAUUUGGUAAACCAAGAGGUCAAGAUGAGAGAGGCCUAGACUCUUUGAAUGAAUUUGAUAUUGGCCAUUCCGCUGAUUAUAGUUCAGCUGCUGAUAUUGAUCGAGAAAGAUUUCGUGUGUCCCAAGGUUAUGAGUCAUAUGAUCACGUGCAAGAGCCAUAUGGCUGGGAACCUAGAAAGGCAUCAGCUCAUGCAGAAAGAAGGACUCAUCACAGAUCGGACAGUCCUGACAGUGUUGAGGUGUCAGAUCUCAGACACCGUUUAUCCAAGCGCAGGAAGGGCAAUGGUCUGAAAUCUGUUGUCACUAAUGAUUAUGCCCUUGAGAGACAUGGUGAGGAGCGAAGUCAUCGCUUCCCUCGGAAGGAUUCAGUCCACUUACCCUCGAAUGAGAGAUCCGUCAAUAACCGUUUCAGAGGCAGAAUUACACUUCCACCAAAUGGCGGUGAUGGUAACCUAGAGAGGGACUUAGACAGAGGAAGAAUUAGGGGAAGGUUGUCAUCUGGAAGGCUGCAAGCCCCUCACGAGGGAAGGAUCCAGGAUAGAUUAAGAGGAAGGUUACCGGAUGAUGAGAGGAGAAGCUUCAGGGGUCGAUCAAUCGGAGACAGAAGCGGGUUUUCUGGGCCAAAAAGCCUUGCUGAACUUAAGUUUGGGAGGAACACUGAGAAUAGGGAGCAACAGUCAUUUGGAAAGAGAAAAAGCUUCAGGGAUCCCCAACAAUCUGAUGAUGAUGUACCAUUUGAAGGUCCAAAACCUCUCAGCGAAAUUCUGAAGGAGAAAAAAGGAGUUGGAGCUGGUGCAGCUUCCUCCCAGAGUAGCAAAUCAGUCUAUAAUAAGAAUGAAGGAAUUACUGAAAACGAAGCAGUGUUGGAGACCAAGGAAGAAGAAUCCAAGAUUCAGGACAAUACUGAUGUAACUCAUGGUCAAUCGUCCGAGGAUGGAAUGAUAUACGACGAAGCUGCCGAAGAUCAGGAAUAUGAAGGUAAUGAUCAAAGAGAGGAAGGAGACUAUGAAUACGAGCAAGGUGAUGAGGAAUAUGACUAUGAACAAGUUGAUGAGGGCGAAAAUCAAGAAUAUAUGGAAGAUGAAGAUGGUGAUGACUUUGCCAAGAAGAUUGGUGUUGUUCUUUCAUAAUUAUUAUCAAGAAGAAUCUGAUAAUCAAAUGGAAACUUCUUUUGCUAUCUAUAUGAUCUGAUGGGACCUUAUCAUCUCUCUUUGACUUAGCAGCAUUUUUCUGCAUAAAAUUUGGUUGUAGUACUAAGCUGGAGCAUUGUUUUCAAUUUAUUUUCUUGUAUUAUUUUUUACAGUGUUUUUAAUCUGAUUGAGUGGAUAUUUUUAAUGUAAGAGAUGGGGCAUUUUGCUGUGCUCUCAUGCAGAGUGCAAGCCUGUAACGUUAGAGAGUUAAUAAUAUUUUGCAUUUUACAUUGCAGUUUUCUAAAUA